AUGUCGAACGAAAACCCCGUGCAAGCAGAGUCAGCUCUGCUCAAUCGUCGCCGUCGUAAAUCGCGCAAUGGAACUGAUCCAACCUCGCCUGAAGUCAUUUCAUCCCUCAUUUCGUCCCUUUCUACCAUCUCCGUGCCUCUUAAUUCGCAUUUCGAUGCCUUCUCGAAGUUCGAUACCGAAUCAGUUCCAGAAUUAACAGAAGUACCGCCCACAGCACCAAUUCGCUCCCCUCCUCCGUCCGAGCAAUAUGGGUUUGGAAUGAGUUACGGUGCCUACAAGCUAGCGGUCGAGCCACCCACGCUACCGUUUCUGCACCCCGACGAUGCUGCCUCUUCGCCCGUCGUUCGCAUGGCCAGGGCCCCGUCACCAAAGUCACCGCGAUCGCCGAGAUCUAAGCCCUUCAGAACGACCGACUCAUCGUCCACUCGCCCAGCCUCGAGGGAAUCCUAUACAUCUGUGAUAGCCGCCCCAGAAACUUCCUCAAUUGGAACGAUCAGCACAGAGCCUGGCCCUCGUUUGUCAACCCCAAGCAUUGCUUCGAAUGGUUCGGCAGGGAGGACAAAAAGCCUAAAGGGACAGUUGAGUCUAUUGAAGAUGUCAUCACGAGAAUUCAUGGGUGAAAAAGAUCCUCAAGUCGAGCGCCUGCGAAAGACUACCAGCUAUAACGACAGUCUACGACACAACAUCCCGCGCAGCCGAGCAAGUUUGCGCUCAUUGCAUUCUAUGCCGGAAGUUACAGAGGAGGCUCGUCCUGCGGACGUCAAGGAAGAGUCAUUCGAAGAGAAACUCCCAAGCACUCCACCAUUCAAAGAUACCCAAUUGUUAUACAGUACCCCAGAUACUUGCAAUCCCGGCGGAAUUGGGAGCGGUAGAAUCAUUCCUACUCGCGGCUCCUCUCUUCGACACCGGCAUAGCCAGUCGUCGAGCUCCACAAAGCACCGGUCUGCUCGUCAUAGUCGAUACCCUUCCACGACCAGCAAAGAGUUCAACACAGACGAUGGUUCACCGGGAACGAAUAAUGACGCAGAACAGGUGACCCGCCGGAUCCAAGAGUUGAAAGACCAGCAACAGAAGAUCAAGAACGAGUUGGAGUUGGGAAACAGCCCUGAACACUCGACUGAGACGAGCCCGGUGAAGCAGGCCAAGAUAUCAAAGGCAUCGCGCAUUCUAGGUUAUGAUGUCAAUGAGGUUAUGCGGAACGGACUAGUCCUCAAUCAGCCACCUUUCGAUGAGAGUGCUCCUUCUCCAAACGUGAUGACAGGGAAAAGUCGCACUGGGAUGCGACUAGGAGCACCACUCGCAUCAAAGUCUACCCACCUACCACUCCAGUUGCCCAAGCCAUCCGCGGAAAACCUGGAUCCCGAUAGAGCUAGAUACAGACAGUCCCUUGAGCCAAUACUGCCAAGCACCCCAUCCGGUCAUCUGUCCCAUGUGUCGAAUGAGCGACCCUCCUACAGCACUGAACGACCAUCCAGUGCAGAUUCAAUUGACCUUGCUGUUGACGACUACAUCUAUUCGCCGAAGCUGACCCAGAGAAUAACCCACCCCACCAGCCACCGCUCCAUCGCCUUCUCCGAAGUCGGUGAUCCCAAGGGCCAUGUUGUGCUUUGCUGUGUCGGCAUGGGUCUCACUCGGUAUCUGAUGGCAUUUUAUGAUGAGUUGGCUCGGACGCUCAAUCUACGGCUGGUCACAUUGGAUCGCCCUGGCGUUGGUGAGAGCGGUCCACACCGGGGAGACGAGCCGAACACCCCUCUCAGCUGGCCCGAUGAUGUUGCAAUCGUUUGCAACCACCUCCACGUGACCAAAUUUUCCAUCCUUGCCCAUUCUGCCGGCGCAAUUUACGCUCUUGCGACGGCUCUCCGAAUUCCGCAGCAUAUUCGUGGCCGCAUUCAUCUCUUAGCUCCAUGGAUCCCCCCAUCUCAGUUGUUGACCAUCGGCUCUAAGAAGGAUCCCGCGCCCACCAACGCCGUCCCCUAUUCUCAAAAAAUUCUUCGUGCUCUUCCCACAUCGCUUCUCAAAGUGGCCAAUUCGAGCUUUAUGAAUGCUACUAGUGCCAGCUUCACUGCUAAUCUACCCAAGUCCCCGCGACGGACCAAGCGCAAGACUGCUGCCAAUGCAAAUGCCAUCCCUCCGAUCCCGCCUAUACGUUCCGUUGAAAACGACCCGCAGACCCAGCGAGAGGACAUUAUACCAAAAAUAAAACAGUCCGCUUCGACCACUACUUCGUGCAGAAAGAGCGACACGACUCUCGUGUCUCGCGCAAAGUCUCCAGAAGACGAGGCCGAACGGCAGCGUGACUAUGACACUCGUCUCACCUACAAGAUCUGGGAGCUGGCCACUACCAACGCCAACCCGGCGGUUGAUUUGCUGAUCUGCCUCGAGCGACGCCAAACAAUUGGGUUUCGCUAUGUGGACAUCACACGAUCCGUGGUAAUCCAUCAUGGUAGCAAAGACCCUCGCGUUCCAGCUGAGAAUGUCCAGUGGCUUGGAAAAACGAUGCACCGCUGUGAGGUCCGGAUCCUCGAAGGUGAAGGCCACGGUCUCAUGGCAUCUGCUCGUGUCAUGGGCAAUGUCUUGACCGAGAUUGCCAAGGAGUGGGAGGACUGGACCAUCCUUGUCCAAGGCAAACGCCGAGCCACUGCAAACCAUGCUACACGGCCUGGGCUGUCGAUCCAAACUUGA